GAGGCCUGGAAGACCCCCCAAACGUUCUCUGGGAGUGGCCAUACAAGAAAAUGCGCGCCUUCUGCCCCAUGGUGUCCCAGGCCUCAUAUCGCCAGGGCUUAUCUCUCCAACAGGUAUUACAGCUGCUGCCAUGGCCGAGGCCAUGAAGUUACAGAAGAUGAAGCUCAUGGCAAUGAAUAGUCUCCAUGGAGGUGGAAGCCAAAAUGGAACCGAAUCAGAAAAUGAAGAGCUUAACUCUAAUGCUGGUGGAAGUGAAUCCUCCUGGGACAAGGAAAAGAUGCAGUCUCCUAUGACUCCAGGAUCCCAGCCCAAUGUGGGCCAUACCACACUGCCAGGCCAGGCCAGCCUUGGAAGUGCCCAUCCACUCAAUCCUCUCCAGCAAAAUCACUUGCUGACCAACAGGCUCGACCUGCCAUUUAUGAUGAUGCCCCAUCCACUGCUGCCUGUCACCUUGCCGCCUGCAUCUGUUGCCAUGGCGAUGAAUCAGAUGAACCACCUCAAUACUAUUGCCAACAUGGCUGCUGCAGCCCAGAUGCAUAGCCCUCUCACCAGGGCAGAGGCUUCUGUCAUUAAGGAGAGGAUUCAGGAGAGCCCUUCACCUGCUCCUUCUUUGGAUGAGGGCCUUCGCCCUGUGAGCCUGGAGUCUUCUCAUCACAGCAGCAGCAUGUCCAGCUCUCCUUCUCAGAUGGACCACACCCCAGAGAGAUUUGCUAUGAUGUCUGCCAAUAGAGAGGGAGAGUUCACUGAUCAAGAUAAUGGAUCGAAUCCAAAAAAGCACCAGAAGGAGAAAGCUCUGUCAUCCAAUCAAGAGCUAUUUGAUGAUUCCCAGUCACUGUGGGGAGGAAAAAGAAGCGUAAGACAGGGAGCCGGGCCUCAAGAUGCUUACAACCAAGUUUGGGCGCCAAGACAAACAGAAGAGGUGCAGGUUGCCAUGCCAAUAAUGAAACCAGGCCUAGAGAAGGCCCAACUGGCUGGACAAGCCAUGCCUGCUGGCUUCUCCUCACCAUUCAUUUUUGCUGAUAGCCUUUCUUCUGUGGAAACACUUCUGACCAACAUUCAGGGCCUCCUGAAAGUGGCUCUUGACAAUGCCCGCAUCCAAGAGAAGCAGAUGCAGCAGGAGAAGAAAGAGCUGAGAAUGGAGCUCUUCAGAGAGAGGGAGCUAAGAGAGACCCUGGAAAGACAGCUUGCCGUGGAGCUGCAAAGCAGAGCUACGAUUCAGAAGCGCCUGAAGAAGGAGAAGAAGGCCAAGAGAAAACUGCAGGAGGCCCUGGAGUUUGAGUCCAAACGCCGGGAGCAAGUAGAGCAGGCUCUAAAGCAAGCCUCCACAGAUCCUGCAAUGCCAGAUAGAGAAAUAGAAAAUGGGACUCAGCCUGACAACGCAGCGACAAUGCAAGAGAGCCAGGUGUACAUCAAGCCUCCUGUCAUGUACUGAAGGAAAUUUCUAUUAAAAAGAAUAUAUCCAUACACAUGCCAUCCAUUAUCUGAAGCUAUCUAGUUCAUUAAGUUGUUACCUUUGAUGCCUUCAGUGCUAUGUGAAGAACAGAAAUUGUAGCAUGAAACUUGAAGACGUUGGCUGCAUCGAAUACUGCAACAUCGAAAGCUUUCGUAAGCCGCUCACGCCAAACCAAGCCUGUUGCAAUUGAUCAUUUGUAGACCCCCCCUCCUCUAGAAGUUUUAGUCUUUUUAAGUACAUAUGAGAUUUAUUCCUUCCAAGAGAACUAACCUUUUAUUUGCCCCCCUUAAGGAGGUAGCUCUUACUGUCUAGCAGUGGCACAACCCUAUUAAUCGGCCCUAAUGGUCCCCGCUGGCUUUACCUAUGUGCAAAUCCUAAGUCCAGUUUAGCGCCAAAACUAUUCACCCUUGAGCUGUUUCAAUUGUGUUUAUAAAUUAAGCUUUGUUUACUGAAGCAGAUAUUCCAUAUAUACAUUUUGCAGAGAAAUGUGUGUACGUUUUAAAAAAAGGCAUAACAAUGCCCUUGCAAUUUGAUGAAUGAUGCGCAUAAUGUGUGAGCUUAACCCUAACCAGCUGAAGUCCUAUGGUUAUAAUUGACGCUUUAUAUGCUCAGUUCAGCUUGGCUUUUGGUCUUUUCCAGUGAAAACAUGAAUAUGCAGUAGAGUGUUAGAUCCUAGAAACUUUUACGUAUGGUUUCUCUGUUGUACCAUAUUAAGUUAAAGUACCCCUUCUUUGUUAAGAUGUUCUCGCUUAAAAUGCAGUAUUAAAAAAUCUUUCAUUGA